AUGAUUCCACUUUGCUUUGUUUCUUUGUUUUCCAUUUCUUUCUUUCUUUCUUUCUUUUUUCUUUCUUUCUGUCUCUGCUUUCUUUCUAUUAUUGAUGAUUCUACUUUUUUGCUUUUGUUUCUUUUGUUUUCCAUUUCUUUCUUUCUUUUCUUUCUUUCUUUCUUUUUCUGUUACUCUACUUUCUUUCUUUCUAUUGAUGAUUCCAAUUUUUUUUUGUUUCUUUUGUUUCUUUCUUUUUCUUUCUUUCUUUCUUUCUGUUACUCUACUUUCUUUCUUUCUAUUGAUGAUUCCACUUUUUGCUUUGUUUCUUUGUUUUCCAUUUCUUUCUUUCUUUCUUUCUUUCUUUCUUUCUGUUACUCUACUUUCUUUCUUUCUAUUGAUGAUUCCACUUUUUGCUUUGUUUCUUUGUUUUCCAUUUCUUUCUUUCUUUCUUUCUUUCUUUCUUUCUUUCUGUUACUCCACUUUCUUUCUUUCUAUUGGAUGUUUCCACCUUUGUUCUUUGUUUCUUUUGUUUUCCAUUUCUUUUUUUUCUUUUUUCUUUCUUUCUUUCUGUUACUCUACUUUUUUCUUUCUAUUCCUGAUUCCACUUUUGCUUUGUUUCUUUGUUUUCUAUUUUUCUUUCUUUCUUUCUUUCUUUUCUUUUUUCCUUUCUUUUCUACUUUCUUUCUUUUGAUGAUUCCACUUUUUGCUUUGUCUCUUUGUUUUCCAUUUCUUUCUUUCUUUCUUUCUUUCUUUCUUUCUUUCUGUUACUCUACUUUCUUUCUUUCUAUUGAUGAUUCCACUUUUUGCUUUGUUUCUUUGUUUUCCAUUUCUUUCUUUCUUUCUUUCUUUCUUUCUUUCUUUCUUUCUGUUCUAUUGAUUUCUUUUUUUUUCUUUUGA